AUGAGUAGUCUCAAUUCCACCCCUAAAGAGUUCGUCAACUUACGCAUUAAUGUACGGAAGGAAGGAUUCUGUAAAGACAAACUGGCGAACUUAACGGAAGAGGCGGCGCUUUGCUCAGACUGCUAUAUGAAGUCUAUUCAGCUUGAAAUCAACAUGUCUCGCGAAAAUCGCCGUUACAGCCCCGAGGACUUUAGCUCUUUGAAGGAAAGUUGCGGAAUAUCAACUUCUUAUCCGGUGACGAGAACAAGUACAAGCCAGGUACCCUUAGAAACGCCGAGCUGCGAUAAGCCCUAUAAGGCAAAGGCUGGAGAUACACCAAACUCCAUUGCGGAGAGCCUCUCAGUCGCCACUGAUCGCCUUUUGGUAUAUAAUGGAUUUCCUCUUACUGCAGACUUGUCGUUCACUGGGGGGGAGAUACUUUGUCUGGAUGAGGUUUCAAAGUGCCUCAUACAUCAAGUGACUGCCACGGAAACCUGCAACUCUUUGCUCAAACUUGCGGGAGAUGGUGUCAGUGACCUUAUGAUGCGUUCAUGGAACCCUUCCCUAGGGUAUAAAUGCAAGAACAUCCACUCCGCGGUUGGCAAAUAUAUCUGCAUCGGGCCACCUGGACAGGCUGGCAAGUUUACCCCAACCUUGCCUUCAGCUCCCAAGGGACCUUCAGUUAGCACCGGGCCAACGAGCACAUACAGCUGGGAACAGGCCCCGAACUCUAUCACCAGCUCAGUCAAUUUCACCACCAGCUGGUUAUUCCCAACAGACCCACCUAGUAUUUCUACCGUAUCGGCUGUGAUACCAUCCAAUGAAAUGAUUGCCGCCAUGAGAGAGCGCAUAACUUUCUGUCCCUUUAACUCGGAGAACAAUUCGACCCUAUGGGACGAAGGCCUUGAGGAAGACGAAUAUCACCUCCACUCUUGGGAUCUUCCAUAUGAAUGUAUAGACGAAUAUUGGGAUCCCUACUGCUUCCCCAAACCCGCGGACCCCAUCCUCCCAAGUCCAACGACUAUUCCUUCUUCAUGCUAUCCGACUAUCACCACCAUCUUAGAAGAGUGGGUAGAGCCACCGGCCCCAACGCAGAGCGGCUCUCCGGACAAUUGUAAUAAAUGGCAUAUUGUCAAACAAGGUGAUACCUGCGCAGCAAUUGAGGCGAGGUACAAAAUAAACGAUGUUAAGCUCCAUCGAUAUAAUCCUGGCGUUAAUGAGCAGUGUACCAAUCUAAGGGUGGGAUCUGCGGUCUGCGUGCGUAUCUGGGAGGGAACGAGCGAGACCAGUACUCCAACGGCAACGACAACACCAGCAGGCCCCCCCGGGCCGACAGCAUCAGGUUCAAAUCCAAAUUGCCAGAAGUGGCAUUUGAGGCAAGAAGGAGAGACAUGCGAAUCAAUCGCGGCGAAAUAUGGUAUUAUCGUCAGCCGCUUUCGCCAGCUCAAUAGGGGCGUCAACCAAGAGUGUAGCAAUUUAGCUUCGGGCAACUGGGCUAUUAUACUGCAAUUUGCCGUUUCAGAAGCAGAGUAUAGGUAG